AUUUAAAUUUACAAACUAUUUACAAACAAAACAUUGAAGCCGUUACACAGAACGGACGAGUUACACAAAUAUUUUUAUAAAGUCUUAAGAAAUAAUAGACCUUUAGAUAGUCCUGUUAAAAAUUCACAAUGGAUGAAGAAGAAAUGGCUUUAGAAGAAAAAUGUGAACAUCUCAUGAAUAUUGUAGUUGAAUCAAGAAAACGAUUUGGAAAGAUGUGUACAGAAUAUGAGCAAAAGACAUCAUUAGUUGAAAACAAAAUGCUUAAUCUUCAAAUAGAAACGAUUGCAAAUUACCGGUUCAAGUCAAAAGUACAACUUCCCCAACAAAAUACAGAAGAGAUUUUAAAAGAACUGGAGCAGUUUGCUGAAGAAAUUCAACACAAACAACGGAGAAUGGAGAAAUUGGAUAGAGAUGUAAAAAACACACAAAAUGUUGUGUUACAAUUGAAAGCAGAUAGAAUUGGCAAGAAAUUAAAGGCUCCUCUUACUACUGAGGAAAUGUUGGCAUCAGCUAGAAAUUAAAUAAAAUAUUUUUAAAUA